AAAAAAAAGGUGAGUUGGCUUUCUGGCUAACGUCACUGAAUGACACGGUGCUCAGGAGGAGGAGAGGAGGAGGAGGAGGGCGUUUCCUCCUUCCCUUCCUCCCUCCUUCCUCGCUGCCGCUGCAGAUCGAUGUGUCGGAGCUUGUACCUGAGGACUGAACCUUACCUGUGGAUCCUCUCCCGGCAGCAGCACCAUGGGGAUCUCCGCGUCCAGUCUGCUGGAUGAGACCAAAUCCAACUACAUCAAAGGCCAGGCUGAGACCACGCUGAAGGAGUUCAGCCCGUACUACAGGAAGCAGUUCUCUGUGGCCCGUUUCUCUCAGGUUGAAGAUGACCUGGAGCAGCGGAAAGAGAAGAUCAUGCAGCUCCUCAAGCAGAAGGAGGCUACUGAGGAGGGCGAGGUGCUAUACGAAGAGGCGGUCCUUUUCUUUGACGAAACCAGGAAGUGGAAGGAGAGGUACGUGGUGGUGAGAGCCAACUACUGCCUGGAGUGUCACGACGGCCUGGAGACUUUUUUUAAAGGGAUACCUCCACGCCAGAAAAUGCUGCCUACAGGGGGCAGUGUUCUGACCACAGAGGAGAAGUACAUGGCCAUGGUGGACAAGUUCUUCACUGAUGACACCAAUGUGAAUGAGGACUUUGCUCCUCCUCUCUCUGGGAUGCCGGGACAGUUUCCCGUCUACCUGCGUCUUCCCUACAGGAGGGACUUCUACUUCUGCUUCAAACAGCAGGCCAAGCAGGACGCCUUCCUCUCCAUCCUGUCAGACUGCAUCAGGCACCAGAACCAGGACUUCCUGAAGAAGAAGACGUGUGAAGUGCAGGCCUUCCUCAAAGCCAUCCAGCUCUACAGACAGGACAAAGACAGAUACGAGUCCUGGGACAUGCUGAUAGGAAGUGAUGUCAGGGUGAUGGCCAACGUGGUGAUGGAGCAGCUGCUGCCGUCUCUGGAGAAAGACAUGCUGCCUCGCCUCAAGGCCAAGAAGACGGAGAAGAAGAGAGUGUGGUUUGCUACGGUGGAGGCGGCCUACAUCCUGAUCCAGGAGCAUCUGCUGGAGGGACUUUCCGCACUGAAGGAGGAAUGUCGAACAUCGCUCCGGCAGCAGGAGGUUCUCAUCCACUCCGACAUGGACCAGAUCCUUGAGUCCCGAUGGCAGCUGGAGGAGAAAGUCAGAGCCAAAGUAUCGGAGCCAGCAGAGAAGCUGUGCUGUGAGUCGGUGCAGCCGUACUUGGGCUCUGUGCUGGAGGAGCUGAUGGAGCCCGUCAGCUCAGGCUUCCAGGAGGGACGGCAGCUGAGUGAAACCAUGAUGGACAAGCUGUGCCAGGACGUCAUGAUGCUGGUGGACAAUGAGCAAGUGAAGGAGGCUCUUGCAAAAAUGGCGAGACCGAACCUGCUGAGCUGCUACCAGAAGAUCGGCUCCCUACAGGAGAAACUGCAGCACCUGCAGGAGAGGUUCGGCUUCUCCAACAUCAAGGGAGUGAUCCACAGCGCUCAGAUCGACCUGCAGCAGCUGAUGGAGAAUGCAGCCCACACGUUUGGGCAGCUGCUCAACAAAGCGGUCCAGGACAACCCUGACAACCCCGGCUCUGCCAUCGACAAGGCCAAACACAGAGUGCUCAAGCAAUAUGACCAUGACAGCAGCACAGUGAGGAAGAGGAUCUCCAGGGAGGCUCUCGUCUCCAUCACUCUGCCCUACAUCAAGAAGAACCUGGCCCCCACCUGCAAAACUGAGCUUCAGAGUCUCGAGCAGACCAUCGACGGUGACCACUUCAACUACAUCCAUGUCGAGAACGUUUACGAGAUCAUCCUCCUGCAAACUCUGGACAAGGAGGUCACUAAAGUGGUGAAAGAGGCAGCUAGCCUGAAGAAGUACAACCUGUUCACAGACAGCAGAGACCUCCUCAGUCAGUCCAGCCGCUCCAGCCUCUCCUCCCCCUCGCCCGCCGCCUCCACUCCCAACAGCCCCGCCAUGAUGCUCGCCUCCCCCUCCAUAACCUCCUCUGAGCCCCCACCCCCCUCUCCUCUUGCAUUCAAUGGUCUGUCAUUCAGCUCCAAGAAGGAAGAGAAGAUGGAUAACGGUGUGCUGCCAAGCGAAGCCUCGACGGAUGUGACCACCAUUGAGACACCUCUGGGGAAGGUGGAAGAAAAAGAUGCAGCUCCAACUAUCAGUGAGGAGGCAACACCAACCAAAGCAGCAGAAGAAGUCGUCCAAGCCGUGAAGGAAGAAGAAGGCCUCCCUGUUUCACUGGAGACACCAGAGGUAACGGAUACAGCUAAAGAGAGUGAGACCCAGGAAGUGAAUGUAGAAGCGGCACCUGAGACAGUGAUCCAAGAUAAUGUGUUUGCUGUAGAAACAAAAGCAGUGGAGGUGGCUGCUGAGCCUCAGAUGCAGACCACAGCAGCUCCAAGAGAGACAGAAAUCACUUUGUCCGAAGUGCCCACUGUUGUAGAAAGUAAAAAGAAAGAAGAAGAAGCAGCAUCAGCAUCUACAGAAGCUCCUGUAUCAAGUCCUGAUUCUUCUGUUGAGCCAGAAAAAGCUCCUGUACCAAGUCCUGAUUCUUCUGUUGAGCCAGAAAAAGCUCCUGUACCAAGUCCUGAUUCUUCUACUGAACCAGAACAUGGUCCUGUAGCAGUUGCGGAUUCUUCUGUUGAACCAGAAAAAGCUCCUGUACCAAGUCCUGAUUCUUCUAAUGAAACUCCUGUACCAAGUUCUGAAACAAUGAUUGAACCAGAAAAAGCUCCUUUACCAAGUCCUACCAUUGAACCAGAAAACACUUCAGCAGAAGAAGCUGCUUGCCAAACGUUAGCCAGCAGUGAAGAAGAGUCACACUGUGUAAGCUCAGAAAUCAAGUUAGAGGCUCCCUCUAGUGGUGAAACGCAUGCACUCACACCUGAAGACAUCAGCCUGGACCUGAAGAGACAGGAAGAAGAGACAGUUACUGUCUCUAACCCUAAUUGUCUGGAUGUGUCAGUGGGAAGUGAGUCUGCCCCGUCCGAUGUGGAGUCCAUGGAGGAAGGGAGAACAACGCAGAGCAGUGGGGACGAAGUCUCAACGACCUCGGACGUCUUGGAUGAGGCCAACAUCAGUAAUUCACCCGUCAGCUCAGACGAGCAGCCUGAGGACAAGAUAACAGUCGAUGAUCCGUGUCGUGAGGAACAGACAGAAGCUGCGAGUGAGGACGUUGAGGCAGGUACGAACGUGGAGCCGCUGGUGGAGGCAGAAGAGUCUACAACCUCUCAGCCAGAUGAGUCUACACCCUCUCAGCCUCCCGAGCCCACAGAAGCAGAAACUUCCUCCAGCCCUGAAGCAAGGCCCAUUGAUAGCGUCAAGGCAAUCCGUGACCUGGUGAUGGAGGUGAUUGAGGUGGAGGAGCUGGUGAAGCGUUACCCAAGUGGAGUUCCAACAGAGGAGGAAUGAAGCAUCACAACUGCAUCACUGUGCUUUCGACAAGACGAGAGACAAAAUAAUUAGGAGUCUUCUGCUAAAGGGAACCAAAUUAUUUCAAGAAUUAUUACAUACGGUAAUACGGUAGCCUCAAACAGACCUGGAGUCAAAACGUUUGUUCGCAGAGCAGAAACAGGAAAAUACUCCUGAAAAACAUUCACAAAUGCUUCCAUGAACUCUUUUUUUUCAAGCCCAUAUGCAUGAAAUGAUGGUUAAUUAUUUAUACAACUCAUUUACACAAAUCAAUAUAAUCGGCUCUUUCAGGUGUAUAAAAUCAUCAGGUUUCUCAGAGACUUAGCACCGACUUCUUUAGAGAAACUAGAUUUAGAACUAUUUAACCAAGAUUGUGAAGAACUUUAUGGAACUGUCAUUAUGCUGUGGUAGAUUAUGAAUUUACUUUGGAAUAAAGUGUAUAAGGAUGUUCUACAAUGUCAGAGUUGGGAGGUGAAGAUGGAUAGCACUCUGAUAUAUAUACUUGAGUCAGGGCAUGGUUAGCCUAGCUUAGCAUAAAGACUGAAAGCACAGGGAAACAACUAGCUGGGCUUUGACCAAAGUUUAAAAUGACAUCUAGCAAAGCUUCAGAAGCUUAUCCAUUAACAUAUCAUACAUUUCUUUCAUUUCAAGACCAACAGAAAUGUUAAACAAUUGGCUUUGAACUAAAGACUUCAUCAGAGUUGUUAUGCUAAGCUAGGGUAAACUUCAUAACUCCAGUUAUGCAAGACACAAGAUUGUUUACUGUCUGAACAGCUAACUUUGGGGGAAAAAGCAAUAUUGAACUAUUUCUCUAAACAGACUACAAGAGAACCUUCACACUAUUGUUGUUAAAUCAGUGAGUUUUAGAUUAUUUAGAAACCAAGAUAACAGAUAUUUUUAAUAUAUUAGCACAAAUAAAUAAAUACCAUUCCCAAAUAGAUUUUAAAGCUGUAGAUUUGGCCCAUUGUUUUCUCUUAAAUGUGCUUUAUUUUGGACCUACUAAAGGACUUUGAACUUACAAAGAAACUGAAGAAGUAGCGUAUCCAAGUGCCUCUACAUUACCUCCGUGUUGCCGUCACAUGCCUUACGUCACAUGAAGGAAAGCAGCUUCUGUCAGGUGGACGCAGCUGCAGUACAGACGGGUCCUAGUUUGAACACCUGUGCCUUUUAACCUGUGCAGAGCAUCUUGCACAGAUAUGGUUAGUAGGAAAGUUUACAGUGAGAGUAAACCAUAUGACCUUUUACUGUAAAUCAGAUGAAUGUUGGUUAAUGAAAAAUGUGUGUGGAAAUGUAUACAUAAUAAAAAGAUUCUAUAAAACAAA